GGCUGAGGGAGUCACGUGAGAGUGGGCGGAGGACGUAGAGCGGGGCUCCCCGGCUUUUGCGUCUCUAUGGUUGUCAGAGGUGGGCGGCAUUCUCCGAGUUGCUGCUAAAGCUGGAGCGCGGACGGGAUGUUUCGUCUUAACGCCCUUUCUGCGUUGGCAGAACUAGCUGUGGGCUCUCGCUGGUACCAUGGGGCAUCACAGCCCGCACAAACCAAGCGAAGACUGAUGUUGGUGGCGUUCCUGGGAGCAUCUGCGGUGACUGCAAGUACAGGUCUCCUGUGGAAGAAGGCUCACGCAGAAUCUCCACCAUGCGUCAACAGCAAGAAGACUGGCCCAGGAGAUAAAGAGAAAAACAAAGACACCGGGGAAGUGUCCAGCCACGAAGGAACGGCUGCAGAUGCUGCGGCCGAGCCUUAUCCCGAGGAAAAGAAGAAGAAGCGUUCUGGAUUCAGAGACAGAAAAGUGAUGGAGUAUGAGAAUCGGAUCCGAGCCUACUCCACACCAGACAAAAUCUUCCGAUAUUUUGCCACCUUGAAAGUAAUCAACGAACCUGGUGAAACCGAAGUGUUCAUGACACCGCAGGACUUUGUGCGCUCCAUAACACCCAAUGAGAAGCAGCCAGAGCACUUGGGCCUGGAUCAGUAUAUAAUAAAGCGCUUUGACGGAAAGGAAUUCUGGCAGACAGAGAAAAUUGCCCAGGAACGAGAAAAAUUUGCUGAUGAAGGCAGCAUCUUCUACACCCUUGGAGAGUGCGGGCUCAUCUCCUUCUCUGACUACAUCUUCCUCACAACAGUCCUCUCCACUCCUCAGAGAAAUUUUGAAAUUGCUUUCAAGAUGUUCGACUUGAACGGAGACGGAGAGGUAGACAUGGAGGAGUUUGAACAGGUGCAGAGCAUCAUUCGCUCCCAGACCAGCAUGGGCAUGCGUCACAGAGAUCGUCCAACCACUGGGAACACCCUCAAGUCUGGCUUGUGUUCAGCCCUCACGACCUACUUUUUUGGAGCUGAUCUCAAAGGGAAACUGACCAUUAAGAACUUCCUGGAAUUUCAGCGCAAACUUCAGCAUGACGUUCUAAAGCUGGAGUUUGAACGCCAUGACCCGGUAGAUGGGAGAAUCUCUGAGAGGCAGUUCGGGGGCAUGCUGCUGGCCUACAGUGGGGUGCAGUCCAAGAAGCUGACCGCCAUGCAGAGACAGCUGAAGAAGCACUUCAAAGACGGGAAGGGCCUGACUUUCCAGGAGGUCGAGAACUUCUUCACUUUCCUGAAGAACAUUAAUGAUGUGGACACUGCACUAAGCUUUUACCACAUGGCUGGAGCAUCUCUCGAUAAAGUGACCAUGCAGCAAGUGGCCAGGACAGUGGCGAAGGUCGAACUCUCAGACCACGUGUGUGAUGUGGUGUUUGCACUCUUUGACUGCGACGGCAAUGGGGAGCUGAGCAACAAGGAGUUCGUUUCCAUCAUGAAGCAGCGGCUGAUGAGAGGCCUGGAGAAGCCCAAGGACAUGGGCUUCACCCGCCUCAUGCAGGCCAUGUGGAAAUGUGCCCAAGAAACUGCCUGGGACUUUGCUCUGCCCAAAUAGUAUUCCCACCUCCUGCACCUUAGCGCCCUGCAACCCCUGGAGUGGCCCUUCGUGCUGCUGAUGCAUCGGGAGUGGUGCCCACCUCCCCAUCUUUCUGGGAGUAACCUCUGGCUCAGCUGGCUUCCCUCUCCACCCUUCCCUGGUCCAGUCAGUUUUCUGCUAGGCUCCGAGUCUGCAGUCGGAUGGAAGGUUCAAAGUAGAGACCUUAGUUAGCUCCCUUAGCAAGUGCCCUGUGGGUCAGUGCAGGCCUCCCAGCACCGAGCAGCCCGGGAGGGAGGCUGCUCUGCUCUGCUCUGCCAUCUCGCUGUGGAUUUAUAGUAGCAAGAACACUCCCUGCCAUUUUCCUCUCUCUGUUUUUAAGCUGCAAGUUUGGAAAUGCGCUGGCAGGCAAAAGGAAAUGUGUGAUAAAUGAUAAUGCAGACGACCCUGGCACCCUGAGCUGGCAGGAAGCCUGGCCAGAGGAAGGGUCUGUGUCAGCCACCAGUGGCUCCGGGAAGGCCCUGGGCCCCCAGCAGAAUUCCCUUCCAAGUGGCCGCUUUGAGCCGCUCUCCAGAAUCUCCCUGCUCUGUGGGUUUCUUCCUGGGCUCCCUGCGAUGCCUCCUCUGAGACUCUGCUUCACUAGAGCAAUGGCUGAGUCCCUGUUCCUGUGUCUUGCCCCCUCUCUAUGGACCUGCGGAGCCCAGACCCAGCUGAGUCCUAGCUGCCCUCUGUCUAAGACACUCGUAAAAUAUCACUUUAAUUAUAACACUUUGCAGGAAAUA